CAUGUGUCUGUAUAUAAGGCUAAUGGCUAUGGAGGACAUGGCAGCAGUGUGUCUAACAAGAAGAAGAAAGAAGAUGAUAGAAAUGGCUUCGAAGUCGAAGGGAAUGGAUGGGAUCACUUGCCUCUGUAUUCUUUCAGGCCUCAUCUUUGGUGCCAUCAUCAGCUUCUGCUUAAAUGGUUCCGAAGUGACCGCGAACGCCACCCUCAUCGACGAAUCCCCAGCUGAGUUGCCUGGAUCUGUGCUCAAAAGUGUUAAUGAUGGGAUCAUUAUUCUGGCAGUAAAAUUUCUCCACUUCUUGAUCUCAAAGUGGCUGCAGUUCAGAUUCGUAUCGGUCUUUAACCACUCCGCGAGUUUCUUCAAGUCCGCUCUGUUCUGGGUAGCACUGACCAGAUCGGUUUCUUCCUCUUCGAUGCAAGAGCAGCUUCUUGCCUAAUAUGGUGGAGAGAAUCAACCGCAGUACAUAACAUGUCGUGCUCAGAUGCCCUUCCCUGCAUAGCGAGGGAGAACCGAGUUUCAUGCUCUGGUACUAGAGCAUGAGUUGGUCCACCAAACUUGGUUUUUCCAAUCUCCAUCCCGACCUGACCCGGAAGGGCCAUCUAAGCGAAAUGUAAGCUGUGGCAUCUGGCCAGCAAAUACCUUACCGAUCUACUAGCUCGUGGCCCAAAGUCAGACUACCUGUAACUUAGCAUUCCUACAUGCCUAUAUAACAAACUUUGCUGAUAAGUGGGUAUUAAUAUUCUGAUAA